AUGGCCGUUACACUCACUUCUGCUAUGCUCGCUGCGGGACGGGUUGAUGGAUUCCCCGUGUACGACGGGAAAUCGCUCGAAAUAUGCACUGUCUCCAAUGGCACCACAACGUGUUCGGUCGUACCUGCCAUCAAAGACCCCGAGGAAGCACUGGAAAACAAGCUCUUCGGCGGUUUGAACGCAACUGAGCUUAACAAAGCGCUGGACGGGUUGAUAUCUUCGAGCCAGUCUCAGUUCUCAAAGAGGAGCGGCUUAGACAUAUCACCUGUGUUUGAUCAGAAUCGCUUGAACGGUGUCCGUGUAGGAGAAACGGUCCUAUCGCUGAAGUGUGUGGAGUCCUUUGUAUGGAUAAACGAUACCCUCAAAGAUGCGAAGCGUGAAGAUCUGGUCACUCUGGCCUUUCACGCUUGGGUUUUUGUGAUGAUGGUAUUGACGGUUGUCAACGAGUCAAUCCCCCAUCUUGUUGCGUCGUUGGCCGCAUGCAUUUUGGGUACCGCUUGGGCAGGGGCCCGAAUCCAGACGGCCAAAAGCUGGCACUGGAUGUACCGCCGCUACAUCAUGCUUGGUUCCUGUGAUGGCACGGACUUGCUGGGUGAUUGGUUCAAGCUGCGAGCGAGACCUGCUAUCCCUAUUGUGUUUAUAAACGCGCUCUCCACAUUUGCUUUUUUGUAUUUGUCCAUCAGCAUAUACAAGACUUAUUCUAAGCGGACGAUCGCCCGGGCUGGCGCGUCAAAAGAGGUUCAGCGUAUCUACAAGUUCGCUCUGUUAUUCUCUGCCAGUUUGAAUUUGGCGGCAUUCUUCAACGUGGUGUCGGCUUCGAUAUGGAUCGACAAGGUCUCCAGCAGCGCAUUGAGGGGUGUUGCUGACCAUAUCCAAGUUUAUCAAGCACUCUUCAUCGUGUCUCUCCUGCUAGAGUUGCCUUGGUUGAUUUCCGGAUGGAUGUCUGUUCGCAAGGAGUCGAGACUCCUUUUCGUCUUUUUCAUGGGUGUUGGCAUCGUCCCAUUCGCGAUCGCAACUGUCAUGUUCACUAGCGAGGUGUACGGGUUCAUCUUCCACACCUGGACGUUCUUCGCAACCGUUACAAUCACGUCCUACGCGUUCAGCAUCACUACGCUAUUCAUUGGAGCGUUCUGUAGGACGCAGUUCGGCAAAGGCCUCGCCCAUUUCCUGCAAGUCGAACAGGCGCUAGAGCAGCUCGACUUCACGCCGGUGUAUCUUUCGAAGGAUCUAGAGGCCAGGUCGACUGAUGAUAGGUUCUCCUUUUCUGGAGCUAUGCCAUUCCCCGACACGGAUACGAAGCGCAUACGCGCGGUUCCCUCACUUUCUAUGAUGUGGAACAACGACGCGAGAAGCGAGAAAAGUGCUUCAGGCGCUGAGUCCAUCUUCACUGUCCCGGGCAGUCGACGGGGGUCGUCCCAAACCGUCCUCGAUCUACGCGAACUACCGAGACAUCCUAGCUACGCGUCGUCAACCUCCAGGCGGGCGCCCACUCUUUCCACUAGGCAUGAGUCUGUCGCCAGCUCGAUCCUUGAGGUGUCCGAGAAACCGCCCACGCUCGCUCCAAUAUCUCCCCUGUCGAGUUUCCAUGACACUAAAUCCGUCAGGCGAGGGCCGUCGAACUUAUCCCAGCAAGUCACCGCUUCGAGUUAUAGCAAGGCAGGCCCGGCGCGUCCCCCCGGACUGGGGUUACCAGUCAGUCCUGCACAGGCAGUGCGACCCGCUCUCUCCAGGCGAUCGGCAGCACCUGUUAGACCACUCCCCUCCUCGUUUAGCCCUGAACCCCAGAUGCCGUUACCCCCGCUCCCUUCUCCGCCUUCGUCUCAGCAGGGCUGA